AUGUCAUUUCCCAAGUUUUUUGGUUUUAUAUUAAUCACUCUAGGACUAAGCCACGCUGAGGACUUGCACACAAGUGCGCCAUUGAUAAACGAUGGUUUAAAGGGGAAUUGCUCUUGUGGUGGUUUCCCUACAUCCACGCCAGAAGCAAAUACGGAACCUCUUAUAUCCCAAUCUCCGGGAUUAGUAGUCAAUUGCGACGAAGAAGGCAGCUCCAAAUGUAAAGUCUUGUGUAAUGCCCUAGCUACCGCUGCGAAGGCUAAGGGACCGGAAAUACUGUGCAACAGGCUGAAGAAUGCUGAUGAACUUAAACUGUCAGCAUUCUUUAAAAUCUGCGAGAAGCCUUGGGUAUACGCCGAUAUGACGGCGGACGAGAAUCUAUGCUGUCAAGAUGCUGAAGUGAAGACCUGCGCAUCAGCAGACCACUUAACCACCAUGUCAAACAAAGAAUAA